AUGUGCAUCAAACUCAUUACUCACCAUAUCCUCACUCACAACGUCCCUCAGCAUGUACUCAAAUAUGUGAUGGGUUACUCGGUCAGCUCUGACCUCACAUUCAGCACCUACCAGUUAUCUGAUUGUCAGAUAAAUGUUAAUGCACUACAUCACGGUGUCACUAAAGAUCCUCAAAUUCAUGCCACAGUAAUGUCAUUGGCCUCUCACAAGUCUCAGGUCAUCAAUGAUCAGUUGAUGGCCAUCGUUCAAAAGGAUGUAUAUCUUUCAAAAUGGAUUGAUGAGCAAAAACACAAUGUUUCUGCAAUCAACAGCAAGAUUUCAGAUCAGAUCAUAUCUAAAGUCACAUACCAGCUGAUUGUUACCUCUGAAAAACAACCCAUCCCUCUCCCUCAAUCCUCUGAUGUGGCCUUCAUCUAUGAAUAUGAACAUAAGAAUGCCUGCCUGACACCAUACAAUGAGAGCAAAGAUGAUGCUUCUCAAGAUGUGAGGACUGCAAAGCUGCUGGAGGAUCUUCUCAACACUCACCCUCUCAUGCCGCUCAUCUCCUCAGAUCCUGUCAAUGUCCAUAUUAACAUUUUCAACUAUUGGCUGGCCAACUUGUAG